AUGCCGCGCAACUACAUUAGAAAGACUACUCGACAAAACUGGAGUGAGACAUCGAUGCAAUCGGCACUAGAUGCUGUAAAAGAUGGAAUGGCUUUCAAAACAGCUAGUAGACAGUUUUCAGUGCCACUAAUGGCGUUGAAACGAAGAACCAAAGGAAAAAAUAAGCUUGCGAUGGGUGCGGUUAAGGUUCUGGGUAGUAAACAAACUGUUUUUACCACCGAACAAGAAGCAGAACUUGUCAAACAUAUAAAAGACAUGGAGAUAAGAAUGUAUGGUAUGUUUUCAUCCAAAAGGGAAAAAGCUGGUAUUGAGUGGCUAAAAGGAUUCCGAAAACGGCAUCCAGAUAUAACUCUUCGUGCUCCGGAAUCAACAUCAGCCGCUCGAGCACCUGAAAGAGGUGACACCACAACAGCAGUAGUUUGCGGCUCUGCUACUGGAAACUUUAUACCACCGAUGUUUAUAUUUCGCAAAGUGCGAAUGAAGAUGGAGUUGAUGGAUGGUGCACCUCCCGGUUCCGCUUAUGCAUGUAAUACGACUGGCUGGAUGAAAUUGGGUGUCUUUGAGCAAUGGUUUGAUCAUUUUUUAACUCACGUGAAGCCUUCAAAAGACGAUCCAGCAAUGUUGAUUUUGGAUGGCCACCUCUCGCAUACAAAAAAUUUGAAUGUGGUGCUAAAGGCGCGAGAAAAACAUGUGCUUAUUAUAUGCCUGCCACCGCAUUGCACCCAUAAACUCCAGCCAUUGGACGUUGCGGUCAUGUAUCCUCUGAGCAUUUAUUAUAACCAAGCACUAGAAAAAUGGAUGAACAAUAAUCCUGGAAGAGUAGUGACUGUUUUCCAAGUAGCAAAAAUUUUUGGAGAGGCUUACCUAAAGGCAGCAACACCAUCAAACAUUGUUAGCGGAUUUUUAAAAUGCGGAAUACAACCGAUAAACCAAGAUGUUUUCAGCGAUGUGGACUACGUAGCUGCAGAGACGACUGAAGUGGAAGCGGAUACAGAUAUUGCCGAUUCGGGUGACUCGUCUCAUUCGGUUUCUGUCUUACCAUUGUCUACAUCCACUGAAGCUAUGCAAACUAGUGAUGUUUCACAAGUGUUGAUUCCAAUGGAAACGGAUGAGGCUUAUGCUAUACCUAGAAAUGAGCCAGCAACGCCAUGCCUUACAAACGAAUCUUCUCCUAGGCAGACUGAAGAUUCUUCUGCUGUGCUUUCCGUCAUGCCACCAUUACCAUGCCCUCCAUUGGAGUCAAAUGCAACAGUACAAUCUUCAUUGUGCGAAUCUCCUCCUAGGCAGACUGAAAAUUCUACUGCUUCGCUUUCUGUCAAGCCACCAGCACUGUGCCCUCCAAAGGAGUCAAGACCUACAGUACAACCUUCAUCGCAGACUGAAGAUUCUACUGCUUUGCUUCCCAUCAUGCCACCAUUAACGUGCUCUCCAAAGGAGUCGAACGCUACAGGACAACUUUCAUCGUGUGAAUCUUCGAUUUCCGCCAUGACACCAUUACCAGUUGCUUCUGUCGAUUUGCCUUCGACAUCAUUUGGAUGUUUCGCACCCCGUGACAUUCUACCGUUUCCAAAGAUAGAAGGAAAAAGGAGUAAAAUUAUUAGAAAAAAAGUUGACACGUCGAUACUUACUAGUACACCCUACAAAACCUAUUUAGAAGAGGAAAUGGAAAAAAAAAGAGUAAUGGAAGAAAAACAAAAAGCCCGUAAGGAAAAAAAAGCCAAUAAAGCGAAGAAAUCCAAAGAAAAACAAGUAAAAAGGGAAAAAAUGCAGGACAGACAAGAAAAAAUAAAAAACAAGCAUGAGUCAGAAUCUUCCGGAGAUGAAGAUGAUACAGAGUGUAUGUUCUGUACACAGCCGUAUUCGAAUGAUGUCUUGGGAGAAGGAUGGGUACGUUGCGUCAGCUGUUUGAACUGGGGACAUGAAGAAUGUGCAGGAAUAGACAGUGACGAUUUUGACAACUUUACAUGUGAUAUUUGCGUAACCGUUAAAGGGAUCAUUUUGUACAUGUUUCUCCUAGAUGUUCCUUGCCCAAAAGCAGUACUUAUUUAUAAUAAAUACAUGGGCGGUGUCGAUUUACUAGACGCAAUGUUAGGUUUCUAUAGGAUCAAAAUCCGCAGUAAUAAAUGGUACCACCGCCUGUUCUUCCAUUUCAUUGAUCUCUGUUGUAUAAAUAGUUGGCUACUAUGGAGGAGAGUCAUGAAACAGAAAGGUGAAGAUAUUUACAUUCCAUUGCUUGACUUCAAAUUAGUUAUAGCAGACGUAUUGAUGCAUCGAGACUCUAAAGUAUACACUCCCACUACACGCAAACGAGGACGACCACUGAAUGAAGAUGUUGAGGCAAUUAAAAAGGGGCGAUCACGACGACGAAUAGAACUGCCGUCAAUUGAAAUAGCUGGAGACGGGUUUAACCACUGGCCCAAUUUGAAAACUGAUCACCAAAAUGGAAGGAUGCAAGCAGAAAUCCCAAGUGAUGUGCGAAAAGUGUGGUUGUUAUCUUUGUUUCAACAAAGAUCGCAACUGUUUUAA